CUGUUGACAGUGACACUAUUUGUUAGUUGCCGUUCGGUCUAUCGUAUUUUUUGGUCUUGUAAAAACAAAUUAAAGUGUAAACAUUUUCAAAUUUUCUCAAGUAAACAAGUUACAGAUAAUUUCAAAUUAACAAUGGAUUCCUCAGUAUCACAGCCUCUGUCGCCCAACGCGAAAUACCAUUUUAAGAACGAAUAUGAUGAUUAUACAGAGAACAAUGCUAAACCUCAUAUCGAAAAUCAUACUGUGAGCGCCACAACGAAAAUAACAUCUAAAUUGAUAAAAAAAUGGGAGUCUACUUUGGAUGAAGUGGAAAACUGGACUUCCACUGAUUCCACAGUCUACACUGGCACGGCAGGUGUGGGGCUGCUAUUUUUCAGAAAAGCUCCUAAUGAUACACAAAAUUUAAGGAAUAUAAGAAAAAAAUAUCUGCAACUGGAACAACUGAAAAAUAGAAGAAUUACAUUCCUCUGUGGUGAUGCUGGCCCUUUAUCAUUAGCUGCAGUGAUAUCUUACAAAUUAGAAGAUAAGAAGAUUUUUGAUUUUUGUAUAAGAAAACUAAUGGCGUUCGUUAAAGUAGUGAAAAGCACUGAAGGUGAAUUACCAAAUGAAUAUCUUUAUGGAAGGGCGGGCUUUUUAUUUGCCUUACUUUAUGUCAAUAAACACGUUUCUCCGCCACCAUUUGCUGAAUCUGUAAUCAGAAGUAUUGUCAGUGCUAUAUUGUUCUCUGGUCAGAAAACAGCAAAAAAUUUGAAAAUGGAUAAAGACUGGCCACUUAUGUUUGAAUGGCAUUCCAGUAAAUAUCUAGGAGCAGCUCAUGGGCUAUCAGGCAUUAUUUAUCUGCUUUUACAAGCCAGACAAUAUCUUACUGAAGAAGAAUUAACAACUAUAAUUAAACCUACCAUUGCUUCUCUGUCAAAAACAAGAUUCCCAACAGGAAAUUUCCCUUCUUCCAUUGGGGCAGGCAAAGACAAAUAUGUGCAAUGGUGUCAUGGAGCACCAGGCUUUUUGUAUAUGUAUUGUGAAGCGUACAGGGCUUUUGGAGACACUCAUUAUCUCUAUGCAGCUGAAAAAUGUGCCGAUGUCAUUUGGUUCAGAGGUAUUGUGAAAAAGGGCUAUAGUUUAUGUCAUGGUGUUGCUGGGAAUGCCUACUGCUUUCUGGAAAUGUUCCAAACUACAAAGGCGGAAAGACACUUAUAUCGAGCAAUAAAAUUUGCUGAAUACUGUUUGGAAUACACAAAAGAUAGAGAAGAAUGUGUGCCUGAUCGUCCAGUGUCACUUUACGAAGGCAUUUCGGGACCUAUGUAUUUGUUGCUUGACAUUCAAGAUCCUGUAAACGCAAAAUUCCCAGGAUUCACACUUUAAAAAUUCAAAUAUGUUGAUGGUAUUUUAUUGUAUGGAUGCUUUGGAAGACUUGAAUUAAAGAGAGUUGUAAAAGUUGCCUUAUACUUUGUAAUUAUUGCAUUUUAUAGCUCAACAAUAAUUAUAGUGUAAUCGUCUUUUAAAUUGCUCUAGAAAUAAAGACAUUAUAUUUGUGUGAAAAACAAAAACGCUCAUAAGAUUUGGUAGAAAAUCGUUUAUGAAAGUACUUGUUUGCAUGAUUAAAGAGGUUUUCAUGCCUUAUUAAUUGUUUUGUCAAAAUACUAGAAAUUCUGUAAUAAUUGUUGUGAUAUUUGCACUUUUUUUUAAAGAAAUCUGAUUGUUCGCACAAAUACCUAUAUAUUUUUUUUGUGCAUGAGGCAAUAGGUAUAUAGAACUGUCACUUAGAUCUUAUAGGUAGAUACACAAUCAUAAUAUAAUAUCUUAGUAUGUUUUAAAGCUAUGAUAUUAUUUAUUUCUAGCAUUUUCAGCAUUAUGUUGCUAUUAAAGGUUUACUGUUGUUUCUGUUGUAGUCAAUAUUUCAUUUACAAAAGCAGAGGCCAAAUUAGAAUUGCAUUAGGAAAACAUUUGAAACAAGCUGGAUUUUUGUCCACAUUGUUAAUCUUGUGUUUUUUUUUUAUUGUAGCUAAUAAAAUUUGCUACGAUGACUUUUUUACUAUGAUCAAUUUCAAAAAUGUAGUCAUUUAUAAGUGGGUAUGAAGAUUUGCACCACAGUUAGUAUAUAAUGGGAUGGCAUCAGUUACACAAGGGCUUUUUCAAAAAUUUUGUCUAUGUGUCCUCUCCAUUUUAGAUCUUUUGGUUUUCGACCUUCGCCUCUAGGAUAUUUAUGUAGUAUUCAUUUUGGGGGUUACCUGAGCCUGGAUUUUUUAAUGAUGCAUUUCUUUUCAUUCAACUUUAGUAGCUUGAGCACACCUCUGAACUGGACUAACUGAGUUUCUGGGUUGCCCUAUAAUUUAGUGUCGUCUGCAAAGCAGGAUAUAUUAGUCUUGAUGUUAUGGUUCCCCCUGACCCUUAAGUGUUCUAGCUUGUACUGGUACCUUGUCGAAAGCUUUUUUGGUCUAAGUACAGUAUGUCCACUGAUUUUAGCUGGUCAAGCUGCUUUGUCCUAUCAUUCACACAUUCUAUGUGGUUUGUUGUUGUCGAUCUUUUUGGGAAAAAAAACCGUGCUGAAUGUAGGAGUCCUGUGCUGGAAUAUUGGGGUAGUUUAGGGGCAGACAGUUAAUAUUUAGGUAAUUGAAGUGUCCAAUUACCAGAGUGUUUCAACUAUCUCAGAAGACACUAUUUAGCUUGCCUAUGAGAUUUUAAUUUAAUUCAUUGUUGGAGUCUGUAAAUACAGCAAAACAACAAGUUUAGUAUUUGGUAAAUGGAGAUCAACCCAAAUUGAUUCUAUGUAAGCAUGAGCUAUGUAUUUUUCAUUUGAGAUUACUCUUAUUAUUUUUCCUCGGUGUUCUUGCUUUAUGUAUAUGCUCACUUCACAAACAAUAACAAGCUUAUUUAAAGAACUUAAAGGAUCAAUUCCUUUGGUUGCUGGCAGCUUCAACGACUGCUUUGGAUUUGUAUAUAUUUUUUUUUUAAAUCAAAGCUUUAGGAACUUGGACAACUUUUAAAUGACUUUUUCUAUCAGUCGUGUUCAUUUUAUGCAAAUCCACACUUUCAGUCCUCUAAACCCUUCUCCUAAUCGCAAGUUGAUCAGAGGCUUCUGUUAUGUUUAGUACCAGCUUUCUUAGUGGAUUCCAAUUGAAGUGGGUCCUUGGUAGAUUCACAUUUUGAAGUUUUCCUGCAAGAUCUGAAUCAUGUUGAUGUGGACAUCAAUAUAAUUUUUUUUUUGAGGUUCGUUUGAAUAAAUGUGAAUUCGAUUUUUUUGGGAGGACCCUUUGGCUUGCAGUCUUCUCAUCAUUAUGACUACGAGGUUUUUGUCAGGUAACAAGAAUUCUAAUAUAGUAGAAACUGAUGUUACUUCUCCCCAAUCAUGGAUUUCAAUUUUCACGAAGUAUCGGUUGAAUCAAUUCAAAUUAUAAACUAUUUUUAUUACCAUGAUGAAUUAGGAAAAUUUUCACUCAAUAAUACUUCUUUAUUGUCUUAUCACUUUCUAUGUUUUGUCUCGUUUUGACUGUUCGAAUUCCAGAUAUUUGAGUUCAUAGUUGAUUUCACGUUUUUCAUUUUUUUUGGAAUUUGAGAAAUGAAAUUUAAAUUGUUGAAGAAAUUUACUAAAAAUUGUUCCAAUACUUUGACAGAUUCAAAAACUAGUUUUACUAAAAAGUUUAUUACAUUAAACCACUGCUAAGUGAAUAUUGACAAUGACUUAAACAGAUUGUUUGUAAUCUAAUAGCUUAAUUUCGGUUGUAGAAUUAAAAAUGUUAUUUAUUUUGUUAAUUAAGCAUAUUCCUAAGUAAGGUAUUAAAUAAUUACUAUAGUGAUUAUGCUUUAAGCUGCUUUGAACCUGAUAUUAUGUAAGUAUACAAAAAUACACAUAAUAUAACUAAUGCCUUAAAAAGGAUAAUAAACCAUAAUGUUUAUUAGUAACUUGGGCGUUUUAUUUAAUGUCCAUGAUUCAGCUUUUCGCUUGGUCUUACCAAAAGGUCUUGAUAAUGAUUUAUUCAUAAUUUUCACUAAUUUUGUUAUGGAAUAUCCGCUGAUCGUUUCAAUUUCCCGCUGUCUGUUUCCGUACUUUCUGUCUUGACCCACUGUCUCAGUAUGGACUUGCUUUCCACUUAUUAUCUGAUUAUAUUAACUAACAAAAUAUCAAAUUUGCCCCAACACAGGUCACAUGUCAUGGAAUAUUGAUUCAUCACAUAGGUAAAACGAAAAAAAUAGAUUCAUACUGUUUUCAAAGUUCAUUUAAAUCUGUUCCUGUUGCCUAAGUAUGAAUUUUUUUAUGAUCUACCUAUAAAACAUGCAUUUUUCAAGCUUCAUUUACUAAAACAAGAAAAAACACUCUGUCAACUACAUAUAGGUAAUUCAUAAAAAUACAACUCCCAUAAAUAUUGAAAUUGGGCAUGAAAAAAUACCGGCACCCAUACUUAACCCUCAAACGUCACCCCAUGCAUUCGCUAGCCUGAGAAAAGACUUAGCUAGACUUCCACCCGUCGUCAGUUGGAACCUUUAUGGACGAAAAGAGUAAAACAACCAGUUUACGACCUUUUCUCGGUCCAGAACAUGAGUUAGAUUCGUCAGAUUUAGAUAUUAAAUUACACUGCUGGCAUUAGGGAAAAAAUAUGUUUAUAAAUGAACCCUUGAUAGGAAGAAUCCUAUGAAGUGGUGUAAUAAUUUGUAACUUUAUGGGAAUUUAUGGAAAAGUAGAGACAGGGAAACAGACAGGUACAUCAUUAAAAAAAAAAUCCAAAAGAUGUAGGAAGAAAGUUUUUAACGUGACAAGUUUAACCAUAAUUUAUUUGUAUAAAUUUUCAGCAUGAGGCCAUGCGACCCACUGUCUGGAAGGUAGUCUACGCGGAUGUCCCGACACAGAAGCUGCUGACAAGUGAAGUAACUCAAGUAAAUAAUGAUAAUGGAAGUUUUUUCUUUAAACCUUCCGCUUAUCAGGGAACCUGCCGAGCGACUUUGCUUAGUGGAUACGGCUCGGAAAAUGUGCAUCCAAGUAUAUUUGAAUUUCGGAGGUGAGGAGUCGGUACACCCUUACUAUUUUCAAUCGCGAGCCCUCAUCCUCAUGUGGCUGGGAGUUGCUGAACAUUGAGCGGCACCUGACCCAGGGAUUACUAUCCAGUUUAGGUGGAUUUUGUGAAUGUGCGGUGUGCCAAGCGGCUCCCAUAUAUUAACCUCCAGAACCCCAACAACCAAGUCUAAAGUCUAGGGCCCACCUUUAGAAUCCGACCAGCCCUGAAAAUACCUACGGUGGUCCUCGAGCCGCUGAAUCGGUAUCGGAGACACCGGACCAGAACGCCAGCCCGUGUACCCCGCUUGAGUAUGACCCGACAGGAGGGACUCAGGAUGCAGUUGCGUAGGGAUCCCCGGACAAUCAUGAAUAUGUAGAGAUAGGUACUAUCUGUUUAAGCACUAACGUACAUUUUAAGGAUUCUGGGCCGAGAUUCUAAAAUCACGAUUCGACACACGACUCGACAACGAUACCGGCCUUGUCGUGUCGAAAGGUAUAAUUCCAAUGAGAUUUCUAACCUAGAAUCGUCGGAAAAAUCGUCUCGUUGUCGAGUCGUAUGUCGAAUCGUGAUUUUAGAAUCCCCGACCUGUAUGUGUGCUUUGUACUAACAUUAAGUUUAGGAAUCUAUAUUGUUUUGUUACUGACAUAGAAAGAUUAAUUCAUUAAGUGACACAUUCUGGCCGAUGCUUGAUAUAUUAAUUUUGAGAAUAAAAUCGUAUAUA